GCUUGCCCAACUCCCUUAAACUUGGAAUACCAGAUUACCUUCCCUCGCAGCAAGACAUACUGCUGGCACGAAGGCCUACGAAAGGGAUUCACGAGUACGACUUUGAAAUCAAAAAUGUUCCUUUCAAAAUGGUUGAUGUAGGUGGGCAGAGGUCGGAACGGAAACGUUGGUUCGAGUGCUUCGACAGCGUCACGUCGAUACUUUUCCUUGUUUCCUCAAGUGAGUUUGACCAAGUGCUUAUGGAGGAUCGGGAAACGAAUCGCCUUACGGAGUCGCUGAACAUUUUUGAAACGAUAGUCAAUAACCGGGUUUUCAGCAACGUCUCCAUCAUCCUCUUCUUAAACAAGACGGACUUGCUUGAGGAAAAAGUACAAAAAGUCAGCAUCAAAGACUAUUUUCCGGAGUUUGCAGGGGAUCCCCACUGCUUAACGGAUGUCCAAAAAUUCCUGGUGGAUUGUUUUCGUACGAAACGCCGGGACCAGCAGCAGAAGCCCCUCUACCACCACUUCACCACUGCUAUUAACACAGAAAACAUCCGGCUAGUUUUCCGCGAUGUCAAGGAUACCAUCCUCCACGACAACCUCAAGCAGCUCAUGUUACAGUGAUGUGCAAAAAAAAGACAGUUUUAUUUCAGUAACUUUGUGUGUUGGUUUGUUUUAUUUUUUUUAACUAGAAGUUUACAGCAGGAGUAGAGAAAUCCAAAUCCUGUCAGACUUCUCGAUAUGUGGCUAAAAGCUGCUGCUGAACACAUUAUUGCCAAUUUCUGCAGAAAUUCAGGCUUAAUCUCUUCCAGUGUAGCUUCAAGUUGACUAAAGUUGUAAUUUUAUAGC